GUUGGCUCUUUUAAUUAUUCUCAAAUGUUCUUCAUAGACUAAAUGUCAUGUCCAAAAUGGAGUUUGCAAGCAUAAACAAGUUUCAUAUCUCACAUGUGUCAUUUUUUGUGGUUUUGUUAUAUAUAGCUACCAUAGUGAAUGGAAGUAGUAAUAUUAGUGAGUGUAAUUUCCAUGCAAUCUUUAACUUUGGUGACUCAAACUCAGACACUGGUGGUUUGGCUGCUUCUCUUCUUGCACCAACGCCGCCAUAUGGAGAGACAUAUUUCCAUAGACCUGUCGGGAGGUUCUCCGAUGGUCGUUUAGUCGUCGAUUUUAUUGCCGAGAGUUUUGGACUCCCCUAUCUAAGCGCAUAUCUUGAUUCUUUGGGGACCAAUUUUUCACAUGGUGCAAACUUUGCAACAGCUGGAUCAACAAUUAGACCACCACCUAGCAUUAUACCUCAAGGUGGAUACAGUCCUUUCUACCUUGAUGUUCAAUACACUCAAUUUAAAGAUUUCAAACCUAGAACACAAUUCAUUAGACAACAAGGAGGCAUAUUUGCAACCUUGAUGCCAAAAGAAGAGUAUUUUCAAAGGGCUUUGUACACAUUUGAUAUUGGUCAAAAUGAUCUUGGUGUUGGAUUUUCUGGAAACAUGACUAUACAACAAGUAAAUGCUUCUGUGCUGGGGAUAAUCAAGGGUUUCUCCAAAAAUGUUAAGGAUAUAUACAAUUUGGGGGCAAGAUCAUUUUGGAUACACAACACAGGACCUAUUGGUUGCCUCCCUUAUAUUUUAGGCAAUUUUGAAUCAGCUGAAAGGGAUGAAUUUGGUUGUGCAAAACAAUAUAAUGAAGUAGCUCAAUAUUUCAAUUUAAAGUUGAAAGAAGCUGUGGAUCAAAUUCGUGAGGAAUUUCCACAGGUUGCAAUCACAUAUGUAGAUAUCUACUCUGCUAAGUACUCUCUUUUCACCAACCCAAUCAAAUAUGGAUUUGAGCAUCCACUAGUUGCUUGUUGUGGCUAUGGAGGGAAGUAUAAUUAUAGUAGUAUUGUUAGAUGUGGAGGAACCAUUGAGGUUAAUGGCACUCAAAUUUUUGUGGGGUCAUGCAAAAGACCAUAUGUAAGAGUGAAUUGGGAUGGUGCUCACUAUACAGAAGCAGCUAACAAGUUCAUCUUUCAACAAAUUUCUAGUGGGGCUUUUUCAGAUCCACCAAUUCCCUUAAAUAUGGCAUGCCAUAGAAAUUCCAUCCAAUAUACGGGUAAAUCCCACAAAUUUCAUGCUCCAAAUGUCUUUAAUUAUCUUCUUAUGGCUUCCUUCAUAAAAAUCAUAAUCAUGGCACUAAAGCACAACGCAGUUGUGUCUUUGAUUGUGAUUAUUUUAUUUAGUGUCCCAAUAUAUGCCACAAAUAAAUGUAGUUUCCCAGCAAUAUUUAAUUUUGGUGCUUCAAACUCAGAUACUGGUGGCUUUUCUUCUUCAUUUUUUGCAUUAUCUUUGCCAUAUGGUGAGACUUAUUUUCAUAGAUCAACUGGAAGAUUCUCUGAUGGCCGAAUCAUCCUUGAUUUCAUAGCACAGAACUUUGGACUUCCCUAUCUUAGCUCAUAUCUUAAUUCUCUUGGGUCCAACUUCACACAUGGUGCAAAUUUUGCAACAGCAGGAUCAACAAUCAGGAUCCCAAAUAGUAUUCUACCUAAGGGAAGAUUCAGUCCAUUCUCUCUUGCAAUUCAGUACAUGCAAUUUAGAGAUAAUUUCAUACCCAAAACAAAAUUCAUUAGAGAUCAAGGAGGAGUAUUUGCAACUUUGAUGCCCAAAGAAGAUUAUUUUUCCAAAGCAUUAUACACAUUUGAUAUUGGUCAAAAUGAUCUUACCGCUGGAUUUUUUAGUAAUGCAACUUUAGAACAAGUAAAUGCCACUAUACCCGAUAUGGUAAACACUUUCAUAGAGAAUAUCAAGAACAUAUACAAAUUAGGGGCAAGAUCAUUUUGGAUACACAACACAGGACCAAUUGGUUGCACUCCUUUAAUUCUGGGUAAUAUUCCAUCAGCCAAAAAAGAUAGAUAUGGUUGUGCAAAACAAUACAAUGAAGUAUCUCAACAUUUCAAUUUAAAGUUGAAGGAAGCCUUAUCUCUACUUCGUAAUAAUCUUCCUCAAGCUGCAAUCACAUAUGUGGAUAUCUACUCUGCUAAGCUCAAUCUUUUCAUCAAUCCAAAGAAAUACGGAUUUAAGCUUCCACAUGUGGCAUGUUGUGGCUAUGGAGGGAAAUACAACUAUGGUGAAAAUGCAAGAUGUGGAGAUACCAUAAACAUAAAUGGUGCAAACAAAUUGGUGGGUUCAUGUAAAAAACCAUAUACUAGAGUGAUAUGGGAUGGGACUCAUUACACACAAGCAGCUAACAAGGCUGUCUUUGAUCAAAUUUCUACUGGAGCUUUCACAGAUCCUCCCAUUCCCCUAAAUAGAUCAUGUCACAGAAAAUUCAAGUUCCUUUGUGGUAGCUUCAUAAAAAUCAUGACAUUAAUUGAGUUUGUUAGACAGAAGCACAACCUAGUUGUGUCUUUGAUUGUGGUUAUUUUAUUUACUGCACCAAUAUAUGCCAAAAAUGAAUGUAGGUUCCCAGCAAUAUUUAACUUUGGUGCUUCAAACUCAGAUACUGGUGGUUUUGCUUCUGCUUUUUUUACAUUACCUUACCCAUUUGGUGAAACUUAUUUUCAUAGAUCAACUGGAAGAUUCUCUGAUGGUCGAAUCAUCCUUGAUUUCAUAGCACAGAACUUUGGACUUCCCUAUCUCAGCUCAUAUCUUAAUUCAGUUGGGUCCAACUUCACACAUGGUGCAAGUUUUUCAACAGCAUCAUCAACAAUAAGAAUCCCAGAUAGUAUUGUACCUCAUGGUAAAUUCAGUCCAUUCUCCCUUGAAGUUCAGUACGGCCAAUUCAAAGAUUUCAUACCCAAAACAAAAUUCAUAAGAGAUCAAGGAGGAGUAUUAGCAACUUUGAUGCCCAAAGAAGAUUAUUUUUCCAAAGCCUUAUACACAUUUGACAUUGGUCAAAAUGAUCUUAUGGCUGGUUUUACUAGCAAUGCGACUUUAGAGCAAGUCAAUGCUACUAUACCCGAUAUGGUUAACACUUUCAUAGAGAAUAUCAAGAACAUAUACAAUUUAGGGGCCAGAUCAUUUUGGAUACACAACACAGGACCAAGUGGCUGCACUCCUGAAACUUUGGUUAGAUUUCCAGAAGCUAUACUAGAUAGCUAUGGUUGUGCAAUACAAUACAAUGAAGUAUGUCAACAUUUCAAUUUAAAGUUGAAGAAAGCCUUAAGUCUACUUCGCAAAGUUCUUCCUCUUGCUGCAAUCACAUAUGUAGAUAUCUACACAGCUAAGCUCAAUCUUUUCAUUGAUCCAAAGAAAUACGGAUUUGAGCUUCCACAUGUGGCAUGUUGUGGCUAUGGAGGAAAGUACAACUACAAUAUUAUUGCAAAGUGUGGAGCUCCCUUAAACAGAGAUGGUUUCAAAAUUGUAGGUUCGUGUAAAACACCAUCUACUAGAGUGAUAUGGGAUGGGACUCAUUAUACAGAAGCAGCUAACAAGGCUGUCUUUGAUCAAAUUUCUACUGGAGCUUUCACAUAUCCUCCUAUUCCCCUAAAUAGGUCAUGUCAAAGAAUAUAACUUGAAUUUAAUGAGAUUUGUAUGUUAAAAAUAAAGUGAACCCUAUUAUCAAUUUUAAAAUAAUUAUAUUUGUUUCCAGUACCAGCUAAUCUUAUCAUUUUGACAAGAAACUAAAAACAUCCAUUCUU